AUGGUGCUAAGAAGGCUUCUCAUGUCGCUAAGCAUGCUUCCAAGAAGACUUCUCACGAUGCUAAGGCUUCUCACGAUGCUAAGACUUCUCAUGAUGCUAAGAAGGCUUCCCAUGCUGCCAAGAAGGCUACAAAGGCAAAGAAAGUUCGCGGAAAGAAGCUCAAGCACACCAAGAAGGUUCACGCCAAGAAGCACACCGAUAAAAAGCAUGUUGAAAAGAAGACUCACAGCAAGAAGACCGGUGCUAAAUAAUGAAUUUUCGUUUUAUAUUAGACGCUUGUUGUUAUCUCAAUGCAGCUAGUAGAUUAAAUAAAGUACAACAAGAAGUUUCCCUUAACAGCGUUGUUUUACUACUGCUUGUUCUUCCUUUGACGAUGACAUAGACUGACAAUUAACAUACCACUUUAUAUUUUUGGUACACAGUACAAAACUGUCUCAGUUGCUUUGUUCUAGAUCGUUUUUAUAUGAAAUUCUUAUUCGUACACACAUUGCUUGAAUGUUUAGACAUAAUGCUUUUUAAUAUUAUAUCAUUCAAACAUUCACAAUGUACAACCCCGCUUUUUUCAAAAUGUAUA